AAAUUGAAAAUUUGAAACGCUGGACGACCGAGGCCGCCCUCUCCAUUUCUCUUUCUCUCUCUUGCCGAGGGCCGGGGGGUCCUCGCCUGGAAAUCAGAGCAAAAGCGGCUGCAAGCAGCAACAGCAUCUGAAGCGGCAGCGGCGGCAGCAGCAGCAGCAGCAACGAAAACAUCUGUAUCCGCGAAAAAACAAAAACAUGUAUUUUCGAGAAGAUAUAGAGAGGGGGAGGAGGAGGGAGGGGCGUGCCCUUUUCGAAAACCUCGUCUUUCUCCCCCAUAUCGACGAGAGAUGCUCUGACCCCUCCCCACCAAAGAACAACAAAAGACUACUCACUCUCUCUCUCUACUUUCUCUCUCAUGUCAUGUCAUGCAGCAAUAGCAUUUGUAGCAUUUUAGCCCUUUUGGCCAUUAAGCCCUUCUCUCUCUCUCUCUCUUACUGUACUGUCCAGCCCAACGAAAUUUGCAUCUACUCGCCAGCUCAUUAUCUCUCUCUCCCUAUUGAAGAACAACACACCCACCAGCGUUUUCCCGCAACAGACGCCUCGUCGCUUUCUAGGGGUUCUCAGUAUUCGCCGGCUUUUCGGCCGACGACGUUGCCCACGUCCGUCGCGACCCGUUCGACCCUCCUCCUCCGAUUGCUUCUUUGCGCGCGGCAGAGGGUGUCUGCUAUUGGGUCGAUUCUCUUUCUUUGGGGAGAGGGAGGGAGAGAGGGAGGGAGGGAAGGAGGGAGGGAGAGAUGGCGAAUGGUGCGGUGGAGAGCGAAAGCGGGUGUGGGUCGGCGGUGCUGUUCAGCGAGGAGGAGCUGCGGGAGAUGAGCGGAGUGAAGGGCGGCGAGGAGUUCGUGGAGGUGACGUGCGGGUGUACCAGCCACCGGUACGGCGACGCCGUGGGUAGGCUUAGGGUUUUCCUCAACGGUGAUCUCGAAAUCGCCUGCGAGUGCACUCCCGGUUGCCAAGAAGACAAGUUGACUCCUGCUGCGUUUGAAAAGCAUUCUGGAAGAGAAACAGCUAGGAAAUGGAAGAACAAUGUUUGGAUCAUGGUCAGUGGGGAGAAGGUUCCGCUGGCAAAAACUGUGUUGCUGAAAUACUACAAUCAAGCUUCAAAGAAUGGUAACGGCUCACACAAAUCCAGUGGAAAAGUUUGUCAUCGUGAUGAAUUUAUCCACUGUAACAAGUGCAACAAGGAGCGAAGGUUCCGUCUGCGAUCAAAGGAGGAGUGCCGAGAACAUCAUGAUGCCACGUUGGAUGUGAACUGGCAAUGUUCUGACCAUCCAUAUGACAGCAGAAUAACUUGCGAUAAUGAUGAGGAACGAGCAAGUCGCAGAAUGUAUAGAGGCUGCUCACGCUCCCCGACCUGUAAAGGUUGCACCUCGUGUGUGUGCUUUGGUUGCGAAAUAUGUCGCUUUAGUGACUGCAGCUGCCAGACAUGCAGAGACUUCACUAGCAAUGCAAGAGCUCAAGCCUGAUGCAUUCGAUCUUGAUAUUGAUCGGGUUUUCAACAGGAUCCUCUUCUUCCUGCUCCUCCUCUAUUAAGAGGAGGCUACAAUUAACCUGCUCCUUUUCCCGAUGACUUUCUUGAAUUUGCCCACCAGCAUUUUGCAGCAUUGAUGUAAUUGACUGGCUAAAUCAUGAAAAAACGAAGCAUUUGUUCCUCAUCAUCGACAGAUUCUUUAUGCACCCGGCAGGGUUUUGGUA